AUGAACGAUAACAAAGCUGCGCUCGCCGACAGCGAUGGGCCUACCAACGAUGACCCGGUCAAUAAAACGGGUACAUUUGUUGGUGACCAUCAAGCCACCGGCCAGCAAUUUGGCGUCGACGAAGAGAAUGGCGGCCCUGCUUCCGUGUUUCUGGGUUUCCUGAUCGUUGGUGUCAUGGUAUACCUUAUGAUGCAGGCCGUCGCGGAAUUGACCGUCAUGUAUCCGAUCAACGGCGCCUUCACCAUGUACAUCUGUCGCUUCGUUGAUCCCUCCUUCGGGUGGGCGUGCGGCAUAGAGUACGCCAUCAGCUGGCUGACUGUCCUUCCCUUUGAAGUCUCAGCUGCUUGCAAUAUUAUCCACUACUGGCCGGGGUCGGAGGGCAUCAAUAACUCGGCUUGGAUUGUUCCACUGCUUCUCGCCUUGGUGGUCAUUCAAAUCUUUGGUGUCGAAUUCGUCCUCAGCGCUAUGAAGGUCACCGCCUGCACCGGUUUCAUCAUCCUGGGCAUAAUAAUCAACUGCGGCGGCGUGCCAACCGACGACAGAGGCUACAUUGGCGGAAGAUACUGGUAA